UUCUCAAGAUGGUUUCACCCAAACAUCACUGGUGUGGAGGCAGAAAACCUACUAUUGACAAGAGGAGUCGAUGGCAGUUUUUUGGCCAGACCCAGUAAAAGUAACCCUGGAGACUUCACCCUCUCUGUUAGAAGAAAUGGAGCUGUCACUCACAUCAAGAUUCAGAACACUGGUGACUACUAUGACCUGUAUGGAGGGGAGAAGUUUGCCACCCUGGCUGAGUUGGUCCAGUAUUAUAUGGAGCACCACGGGCAAUUGAAAGAGAAGAACGGAGAUGUUAUUGAGCUCAAAUACCCACUGAACUGUGCAGAUCCUACCUCGGAAAGAUGGUUCCAUGGUCACCUCUCUGGAAAGGAAGCUGAGAAACUCCUCACCGAGAAGGGGAAACAUGGCAGCUUUCUUGUCCGUGAGAGCCAGAGCCAUCCUGGAGAUUUCGUCCUCUCUGUCCGCACUGGUGACGACAAGGGGGAGAGCAACGAUGGCAAAUCCAAAGUGACCCAUGUUAUGAUUCGUUGCCAGGAACUGAAGUACGAUGUUGGUGGAGGAGAACGGUUUGAUUCCUUGACAGAUUUGGUGGAGCAUUACAAGAAAAAUCCUAUGGUAGAAACGUUGGGCACAGUACUACAACUCAAGCAGCCCCUCAAUACAACUCGUAUUAAUGCUGCUGAAAUAGAAAGCCGGGUUCGAGAGUUAAGCAAAUUAGCGGAGACAACAGAUAAAGUCAAACAAGGCUUUUGGGAAGAAUUUGAGACACUACAACAGCAGGAAUGCAAACUUCUCUACAGUCGAAAAGAAGGUCAGAGGCAAGAAAAUAAAAACAAAAACAGAUAUAAAAACAUCCUGCCCUUUGAUCACACCAGGGUCGUCCUACAUGAUGGAGAUCCCAAUGAGCCAGUUUCCGAUUAUAUCAAUGCAAACAUCAUCAUGCCCGAAUUCGAAACCAAGUGCAACAAUUCAAAGCCCAAAAAGAGUUACAUUGCCACUCAAGGCUGCUUGCAAAACACAGUUAAUGACUUCUGGCGGAUGGUGUUCCAAGAAAACUCCCGAGUCAUUGUGAUGACAACCAAGGAAGUGGAAAGAGGAAAGAGCAAAUGUGUCAAGUACUGGCCAGAAGAAUAUGCACUCAAAGAAUACGGGGUCAUGCGUGUUAGGAACGUCAAAGAAAGUGCCGCUCAUGACUACACUUUACGAGAGCUGAAACUUUCCAAGGUUGGACAAGGGAAUACGGAGAGAACGGUCUGGCAGUACCACUUUCGGACCUGGCCGGACCACGGAGUACCCAGUGAUCCCGGGGGUGUGCUGGACUUCCUGGAGGAGGUCCACCACAAGCAGGAGAGCAUCGUGGACGCAGGUCCUGUCGUGGUUCAUUGCAGUGCUGGAAUUGGUCGGACAGGGACAUUCAUCGUGAUCGAUAUUCUUAUUGACAUCAUCCGAGAGAAAGGUGUCGACUGUGACAUUGACGUUCCCAAAACCAUUCAGAUGGUGCGGUCCCAGAGGUCAGGGAUGGUUCAGACGGAAGCACAGUACCGGUUCAUCUACAUGGCUGUCCAGCACUAUAUUGAGACACUGCAGCGCAGGAUCGAGGAGGAGCAGAAAAGCAAGAGGAAAGGACAUGAAUAUACCAAUAUUAAGUAUUCCCUCACGGACCAGGCAAGCGGCGACCAGAGUCCCCUGCCACCUUGCACCCCAACGCCACCCUGUGCAGAAAUGAGGGAAGACAGUGCAAGAGUCUAUGAGAAUGUGGGCCUGAUGCAGCAGCAGAAGAGCUUCAGAUGAGGAGCCCGAACUUCAGCACACAGUAGAUGAGAACUUUCACACCUUCCCUGGAAAGGUCAAGAGCAGACACAAGGAAGUUCAUGUGAAAAAUGAAUCUGGACUUCGAAGGCGUGCUUUGUGGCUGACUACCUUUUGAUAAGCAGAAUUUGAAAGCAUUUAAAGACCACUGUACUCAGCACUUCAUUUCCUCAGAUAAGAAGAUAUCAGCUCUACAAUGUAGACAGUGUUAGAUUUUAUACAUUUGUUUCGAUGGAGGAAGCAGUUAAAUUGUGCUCUAUAUUUUACACAUUAUGGGAUUCAAAUUCCACUUGAGGCAGUUUUCUUCCCCCUUCCUUUUCUUUUUAUAACCUUAACUGAUUUUAUUUUUUCUGCGGGAUCAUGGGACAUUUAUAAGAAGAAAUGAUUUGGGAAAACUAUUUAAUGACCUCUUGAGAAAUGAGUCCAGUUUCCUUUACCAUUGCUUGUCUGUCUGGUGUGCACACAAUGCCACAGAUGGGCUCAUUUAUUAUGAACAGUUCCAGGGGCUAGGAAUCCAAGAUGGAGAGGCUAUACUCAAUGUGGACCUUCUUGCUGUGCCAUCCCAUCACUCGACAGAAAGUGUCACCAGGCAAGAGAGGGCUAGCCUUGCUUUUUCUGCAGACCCAUUCCCGUGAUGACAGUGUGAUCCAUUCGUCAGGGCCGAGCCCUCAGGACCUCACCAGCCCCUCACAGUCCCACCUGUGAAGAGUGGCAUUGUGGGUUCAGAUUCUCAUCAGAUGAGCAUUGAUACAUUCGUCCCAGACUCAUGCACUAGUGGACAGUACACUUUGGUGGCUAAAUGAUCAGCCAGCUACUGUCUGAGAUGGUCAGAAGUCAAUUAAAAAAAUCAUGGGAAUUUGCGGAUGAGGAGAAGUAUGUUUUCCUUUUAGCAGCUGACCAGUUACUAUUCAGCUGCUGACAGUGAAGGCCGUGCUAGGAAAGCAGUGACCUUGCUUUGCAUUGGAGAAAUUGUCUUGUGUAGAGAAGCAUCUGGGAACUGUGAGGUUCUUGCAUGCUGCUGACUCCCAUUCUCUCUUUAGUCUGAGCUGGCUCAGUUGAGCCCUACUGGCCUGUAGGGUCACUCAUGAGGUUGACUGGGUAGCUAAGACACUGGACUUUCGUCUUGGUGUGGCAUCCCUGAGGUUGCUGUGUGGCCUCCCCAACAGGGUGGCUAGGGCUCCUUAUUUGGCACCCUUAGGCUCAGGGGCAGAAGUAACCAGGCCUCAGAGAGGCUCAGAACUGCUGCAGCUUCUUCAGUGGCUGGUGCUGAUAGAAGUUGUAUGCUGGCCUCUGGGGUCCAGUGGGAGUGCCAGAACCAUGCUGUCAUUAGCCAGGGCCAAGGCUGCUGUGACCUGGUGAGCCAGAGCUGUGGUCAGAUAAGAAAUGCACUGGACGCUUCUGAGCCAGUUUCACCAACACCAUCAUCACCGGAGAGGAAAAAGGGGUUGUAAGGAUGGAUGAGUUCAGGGGACAGAGCAUUUGGAAGCUGAUCCUGAGACACCUGCUGAUGAAAAUGUAAAGGCAGUCAGCCAUAGUGAGGAGUGGCGUCUUAACCAGGCUUCCUGUCAGCCCAGGCUGCCCUCUUCUCUUGCCACACAGUAGGAUUUGCUGAUGUUCUGCCGUAAGUGCCUUCCCCGGAGACAUCCCUCUGCCUGUGGGCCUCUGCCUUGCAUGUCGUUCAUCGCUGAGUUUAUAGAGUGCAUCCUGAGCUGACCUGUGGCUGUAGUGGAAUGCCGAGGCCAUUUUGUGAGUCUCCUUACAUUCUUUUGCUUUAAUUCCCAAAAGGAAGGCCUGCAUGCCACCCUGGCAGUAGUUCCUUUCCAAGGUCUCCCAGUGCCUGGGAACCCUGAGGGAGUUUGGGGAGCACAGUAGCUUCCAUUUUCACGUACAGUGCAUGUUGCUUUCUUCCCCCUUCUUGCUUGAACUCAGAGUUGCUUCAGAGACCGGGGUGGCCUGAAGCUGCCAUAAGGACUAUUACCAUCUUGUCAGGCCUGUCUGUGAAAGCCAUUCUAAUUCAGUUUGCAGCCAGGAUCUCGAGUCCUAUUCUUUCUCCCACAUUGUCACCUUGAAUUGCUUCUAGGUUGUUUGGUAAUGAUUUGACUCUGGACUUUGAGGACAAAGUCCGUCACCAGCAUACAAAGGUUUGCUCAUACAGAUAGAUCUGCUGCAGUAAUGUCUACUGUAGCUUAAGAUCUUACAGCAGAAAUACCUGAUCUCGGCCAGACUUGCUCCAUACGGCACAUUGCUUUCCUUUAGAUUCUCCUCCCAAAGCCAGGCAGCUGUCACGCUGACAUGGACACUGAUGCCAAGACAAGGCACCCACAGACCCAGGUCACGAAGCUCUGACAUGUGUUGGUGGAAGGUGAUCAUGGGUUCUCAGGUGGGGCACUGUGUGUGGUAGAAGCAGGUGCAGGAGCUGGAAAGACGGUGGUGCUGGAGGUGUGUGUUUGAAACGAUAGUGGGAAUGAAGGUUCCAGAGAGGUGGUCCACGAGGAAGUCAAAGGGCGUAGGCCCAGAAAGUCAGUACUGGUGAAUGAGGUUACCUGGAGACAGGAGCAUGACACAGUCCACUUUGGUUGGUGGACAUGGAAUCUGCACAAAAUGCCACAGCUGGCUGAGUGUUUCACUUAGAAACAUAGGAUUUUAUAUUUGGGGUAAAGAAACUUAUCUGGAACAUUACCUGGUAUUGGGGAAUCUUAAUAGUUAUUAUUUUUUUUUAAUAAAAAAGGCCCCGCACAUGCAGUGUGUGGCCCUCCUGAAACUCAAGGUAUCUGCCCCAUUGAGAUCAGUGACUUUCCAAGCAAUGACUAGAUGGAGUCAGAACUACAUGUAGGACUUGCUUGGUGUCUGUGCAUGUGUCACAGAGCCAGUAGCUUAAGAAAACGGUCGCAAUUAUUUUUAAGUGUUUUUAUUGGGAUUUAAGAACUAAUACAAGACCUUGUUUUGUGUCUUUUCCUACAUCAGGGGACUGUGGAAAGGUCUGCUCCUGUGAUAUGUUUUGUCGUAGAUUAGUGAUCAUAAGGAAAACCUAGACUGUAGGCAGAAAUCCAAGCCCAGUGCAGUGGCUCCCUUUCCCUUGGGGGUAAGGUUUCACACAGUAAGCACAUGGCCACCCUCAUUUUAAGAUGCCUUUCUUGGGAUCUGUUUUAAAUCUUAAUUUUGUUGAGAUUCUCUUCUUCCUUUUGAAAAGUCCCCAAAUCUUGUUUGCUGUACCUUGCAGCACUAAAGAGUUUCUUCCUUUUUCAUAAUGGGCCACUCACACAGGUGGAAACAUGGAACAGUUGGUUUUAGUGUGUCUUUAACUUUGCCAUAUAGCAAACUAAUUUUUAUGUUUUCAUCCUAAGUCUCAAAUCAUGUGAUUAAUAAUUUGCCUGUUUAUUUAUGACCUGAUUGUGACUCUUUAUUAAUAAAAGCUAAUGGAAAAGGAUCCUUUGUGAAGCUGACUAGACCUACACUUAUUUUCCCCACAGUGUAUGAAGUAUUGUACAAGAGUAUUAAAGAUGUGUAAUAUUUUAUUGAUAAAUCUAUCCUUUAAAAGGAA